UGUUUCAACGAUUUCGUAAAGUUCCUUCGUAAAACCAACAUUACGAAGAAACGAGAACAAAAACUUAGACGUUGAAAUCCCUUCCUCACUCCGAUAUUCUCGUCAGAUUUUCGUCAAAAACCAAUACAUAUGAAAAUCAGUAUCAGACCUUUUGAAGUCCUUUAACAUUGAAUCGAAAGUGGCUGAUCCUAAAUGCCUAAAAAACUUUUGACAAAUUACUUACUCAUACUCGGGAAUAACCUUCGACGAAACACACGCCUGUCCUCGUAAUAACUUAACACUUCGAAAAAUGAAACUCAGAUCAGAAGACACGGGGAGAAGAAGAAUGAAGAAGAGGCAAUCCCGAAUCACCGAUGAGACUAAAGUAUGUCCGACUUAUAAAAUUUUAUCAGAAUUUUAAUUUUUCGUAGUAAAAAGGAUGAAAACGUCUUAGGAACUGCCGUAAACUUUAAAGAGCUUAGAAUCUAGGUGGAUAGUUUAGUAAGCUAAGUCUUAGGCAAUUUUUCCAGUCUUGUUAUAUUGUUCCUUAACUGACCAUGCAUAACUCGCAAACCGAUCUAAUCUCUCGUAAAACCGAGAAACGAUCACCACAUAUUCGAGCAUACUUAUCUCGCUUCCUAAAGAAAGAAAGAACUAGAGGUACGAACGUCGUCUUAAAAUCGAUUUGUUCCUAGUAAUUUUCUUAAAAACUGAAAUAUUCCAAGUCAGAGUGAGAAUGAUGUUCUGAAGGUGGCUCAUGAAAUCUUCUACUAUGAUUACAACAUGAAGUUUAACCUUGAGCAUCCAUGGUGUGUGUUGAGAUAUGAACAUAAAUGGCUUAGCCUCAAUACUCCUAAAGCUAGUGGCAGUGCAAAGAGGAAAACUGGUGAGAAAGUUUCCCAAUCUUCAAGCACCAAUGUUGGUGAUCAUGAGAUACGACCUGAAGGUAUCAAGGCUGCAAAAACAAGAAGGAAUAAUGCUCAAGGGAAGGCUCUUGCUGACUAUAAGAGCAUUUGGGAGAUCAAGAAGGAGGAUUUGGCGAUGAAGGAGAAACUGUAAAAGUUGGCAAUACUGAACACUCUCCUUGUUAAAAAAGAACCACUAACUGAGGCUGAAGAAGUUGUCAAGAAUAAGCUACUCGUCCAGUAUUUCUGAGAAUGAUGUUUCUACUUUAUACUGCUGCUUUAUAUGUUUUAUCUGUUUCUUAGCUACUUGUCAGGAAUAAGCUACUUUCUACGUUUUAUCUUAUUCGUUGCUUCAUGUUAAUGUUGCUUUCUACUUUUAUGAAUGUAGUUCCUGGUUUCUACUUAUAUGUUAAUGCUUCCUGGUUGCUUCAAUUACUAUUGUUUUAUCUAAAUUCUGCUUAUAUGAAUGUAGUUCCUCGUUUCUACUCUAUAUGUUUUUUCUAAAUUAUGCUUUCUACUUAUAUGUUAAUGCUUCUUGGUUGCUUCAAUUACUAUUUUCAGGUUAAGUACGACAUGGGACUUGAUUAUAGCUAUAGCCAGCCUUCAGAAUCAGAGGUGUAUGGUGGGAACACAAUAGACAGUGGCUACAGCGAAACAUAAGAUCUUAUUCGUCAGGAUCAAGCUGAGAUAAGCUACAACAAUAUUGCUGCGCCGGUUCAGUACCCUCCUCAACCUGAGGUUGAGUUUGGUUUCCGCAGACAUGCCACUGUGGUGGUCAACCUCUUCUCGCAACCUCUUACACUCGAAAUGAUCCAGGUAGAAGAUACUACACGUGUGAGAAUGUUGAUGAUGGAGAGUGCCAUGGUUGGAAAUGGUGGGAUGUCGCGAUUAUGGAGGAGAUGAGAGCAAGGGAUAGACACACACUUGAACUGGCUGAAAAGGUAGAUUAUAUAUCCUUUAUGAGUGACUAUGAGACUGAGCAGAAACUGGCAAAUCUAGAGAAGAUAGUUUUUGAGCUAGGUAACAAGAAUUCAAGGUUUACCAAUCGGUUUGAAAUGGUUGUUGGUGUAAUGGGCAUUGUAUUAGUGGUAAUAGGUAUGGUGGUCAUGUUUAAGUAAUUCAACUUGCUGUAGUGUAAUGACUCGGAUUUGUAAUGUGUAAUGUGGUUGAUGAUUUACUUGCUGUUGUAAUGAACGGGAUUUGUAAUAACUAUAAUGAUUUAUUUUGCUUAAUGUGUAAUGACUGUUAUGAAUUGUUUCCGUUAAUGUAUCAGCUUCUUGAUAUUGCAUGUCGAUAUAACUGUUACUGAAUGAGCUUGAUACUCUGGCUGAUUUAUCCUUGUCUCUACAUAAGUAUAGAACUGUUAUUUUGCUAAAUUUGGAAGACAUUUGCUUCUCGGAUCUUAGUCGAUAUUGAUCUCCCACGGUGGUGACAUAUAGGUGACAUCCAUAUAUAAGACCUACAAUGGUUAUUACAUUAUGUGAAAUUGGAUACCAUACUCCUGUCUUAGCUAUAAUAUUUAAAACUUUUCGAGAAUUAAUCUAUAAUCCGUAAGAUGAAAUUUAACAUGCUUUAGAACAAGAUCUGCUACAGAAAUUGAACUAGUCACAGAAGAACCCGUGACCCCUUUUCGUAGUUAUAUUUCAAAGUACGUUUGAUAUAUAUACAAACAAGAACCCGUGAUCCCUUUGAAGUAUGAAACAUCACAACAAAACAAGCUAGUGUCACAAGCUCAUGGACUUCCAAAACAAUAAGCAUCACGAGAGUUUCAUAGAACAAAUAUCACAAGCUAGACUUUUUAGCCUAUAAGUAAGAGACAUCUUCUCUCAUUACACAUAUACAAAUCAUCCCUCUUUAACUCCUUUUUUGAAAAUAUUUCCUCCCUUUUGUCAUUAAAUAUGACAUCUUCUUCCCAUUAUCAUUACCACAAAGAAGAUGAUGCUGAAUUUGAAGCCCUAUUUGAAGAAUUAUUAGAAAUUCCUGAUAUUAUUCCCGAACCAAAAGAGCGAAAAAACGUAUUUUUAUCGAGAGAAACCGGGAAGAAGGCAACAUGAAGCUCUGGAAUGAUUAUUUUUCUGAAACUCCUACAUACCCUUCCAAUAUAUUCCGGCGACGGUUUCGAAUGAACAAGGCAUUGUUCAUGCGUAUUGUGCAUCGUCUCUCUACAGAAGUUGAGUAUUUUGCUCCAACACAAGAUGCAGUCGGACGGUCUAGUCUAUCACCGCUCCAAAAAUGCACUGCAGCAAUUCGUCAAUUGACAUAUGGUGGUGGGGCUGAUACGGUAGACAAAUAUGUACGACUUGGUGAAACAACAGCUCGAAAAUGUUUGCACCAUUUUACCUCCGGAAUAAUCCACUUGUUUGGCGAUGAAUACCUAAGACGUCCCACACCGAAGGAUCUUGAAAGACUACUCCAUAUUGGAGAACAACAUGGAUUUCCCGGGAUGGUUGGAAGCAUUGACUGUAUGCAUUGGGAGUGGAAGAAUUGCUCCACCUCUUGGAAAGGUAUGUAUUCACGAGAAACCGAUAACCCAACAAUUGUGUUGGAGGCGGUAGCUUCAUAUGACCUCUGGAUAUGACAUGCAUUUUUUGGAGCUCCAGAUACUAUGAACGAUCUUAAUAAUCUUGAUCGAACACCUGUUUUUGAUGACAUUAUUAACGGAAUAGCAAGUCAACUUCUAUGUCAACGGAAGGGAGUACAAUUUCGCUUAAUAUCUCAUGGAUGGUAUUUAUCCGGAAUAGGCGUCUUUUAUUCAAUCUAUCCGACUACCACAUGGUCCAAAAGAUUCAUUAUUUGCUAAAACCCAAGAAUUUGUGCGAAAAGAUGUUGAGCGUGCCUUUGGAGUCAUGCAAGCUAGAUUCGCCGUUAUUAAAAAUCCAUCUAAUUUAUGGGAUAAAUCAAAAAUAGCAAAUAUUAUAAGAUCAUGUAUCAUACUUCAUAAUAUGAUUGUCGAGGAUGAACGAGAUUCAUACACUCAGUAUGAUCUUUUAUCGUUUCAACACGGAGAAGGUGUGGAUCUUACAUUUUCCGUCUAGAUGCCUACUAAUCUUUUCAAUACAAUUGAUCGUCGAGCAAGAGUUCGGGAUAGACCAGUCCAUCGACAAUUAAAACUUGAUUUGAUUGAAAAUAUAUGGGAGAAAUUUGGGAUUCAAAAUUAACAUAUAAUGUUUAAGUUUCUAUGAAUUGAAGUUUGCUUUUAUUUAUUAUGUUUGUAUGUUUGUAUGUUUUUUCUUAUGUGUUGAAUUUUUUCUUUUUUAAUGUUUUUAUUGUAAUUUUUUUUUCAACUUUGUGAAUUUCUUAUGUUUUCUAUUUUAAUGUUAUAUGUUUUAUUUUAAACACAUCUAUAUAUGUUAUUACUUAUGAAAAUAAAUAAUUAAUUUACUAAGGAAAAGCUUUUGCAGUAUUUUUAAAGAUUUGAUGAGAUUUUAAUGCAUUUAUCUAAUUCUUAUGCUUACUUCAAUUAUGGAUUUUAAAAGAAUAUACAUAAAUUUGAGAGAAUACUAAUUCCUCUAAAUUCUAUUGAAUCCUUGUGUAUUUAAAAAGGUAACAAAAUUUAUUUUAUUCUUAAAACUGAAAGAAAAUAGUAAUUAGUACUACAUAGUUUAUGGAUUGUAGCAAAUUUAUUAAAAUCAUAAUACUAAUAAAUAAAAUAUAUGGAUCAUCUAAACCAUAACAUCUCUCCACAUAUCUUCUAAGUUCUGCCAUAGUUUUUCUCCAAGUAUUUGCAUUUUUUAUCUUGCUCUUGUGUUCGUAAAGGCUCUUAACAACGAUGUGCGAAAGCACACAAUCGAAAGUCUCAGAAGGCAUCUUGAUUUGGUUAACAGACACUGGGUUUCUUCAGCAACAAGGCAACAUUGACUUUAUAUUUGUUAAUUGUUGUUCUUUAUAUAUGCCGGUAACUCGUUAAUUAUCAUCCACAAAGGUCUCUUCAUUCUUCACGUACUUCUGGAAAAAUGAGAAGUAGAGAAAUGCUACUGUUUGUGUUUUCUUACGAUUCAUUACAAAUCUCUGCAUAAGAGCAAAGAAUUGACCCUUUACAUUUAUACAUGACAUUUUCCAUUAAAUUCUUAUCAAAUACCAUUACUACAAAAUCUAUCAAAUAUUGAAUAACAACAGAAUUUAAAGUAAUUAAAAGAAUGAUUCCAAAUGCUUAAUCCAAUAACAAAAGAAUUUAAAAGAAUUGAUGAAAUCCAUAAUUGAAUAACAGUGGAAUUUAAUGGAAACUAUAAUUCCUUCUGAUUCUAUCAAAUUUCUAAAUCCAAUACCCCCACCUAAGAGACAAUAAAAGUAUCUACCAAUAAUCUACACAUUUACUCAUGUAUCUUAAUUUUGUCUCUUAAUCUUCAAAUAUUAAUAAAAAAUGCUAAGAGACUUAAUUUUUGUCCCAACAAUAAUGUUGCUCUAAGAGCACCCCUAUUGGUGAACUCCCCGAAUCUCAAUUCCCAAAAUCCAUUUUUGAUUAUUAUAAUUUUUUUUUGUUCGUUUGAUUUUUUUUUUUAAAUUAAUAAACCAUUUUUGAUUGGGCCGCCACGUGUCAGUGGGGCCCGCGAACAAUGUUGAUACAUGUUCAUCCCAGCAAAAUCAAGUGAUACAGGUUCAUAAAAAACAUGUUAUUAUAUUAAUUUUUUUUCUUGAAAACUGUGUAAACUUCUCUUUACAUCAAAUGAGGAUGCUCUAAGUGUCUAAGAUCUUUUUUUUUCAAUCUAGAUGCUAAACUGUCUAAGACCUAGGCUAUUAAGACCAUCAAGAUAUCGUUUAAACCAUCUAAACUUUGUCUACAUCCUUUCCAAAAAAAAAAAAUUGUCCACACCGUGAAGUUUGCUUUUUCUGUCCGUUUAGCAUUGAAACAUGGGUGAUUUUGCUGUAUAACCAUACUAAGAAAAAAAUGAAGAAUAUAGCCAUGUGUUGAGAAAUGUGUCAAUUUGCCACAUUAUUGGACAUUAUAGUCCUUUACGAGCGCAUGAAUGUGUGUAUAUCACACGCUAUAACCAAAUACUAUUCUAUUUAUGUUGUCAAUAUAGAAUGAAUUAUUUCAAACAUAAAUGUAACAAUAGAGAAUAAUAUAAUUUCUUUAGUACUAUUUAUUUAUAGGUUCAAUGCAAUUUCAUGAGUAGACAAUAUGAACAAGUAUAUUUAUUCGUAAGACAAGUAUUUAAUGUAAAAUAAAUUAUGUGAAAUAACAUAAUUAGCUGAUAUAUUACAAAAUAAACAUAUACCAUUCUAUAUUUGAUGACCAUAUAGUAUAGCAUGUGGAUAUAUAUAUAUAUGAAACGAAUAUUGAGAGUAAGGGGAGAGGAAGAAAAGCGAAGACGGGGAUAAAAAAAAUGAAAAGAGAGUUUACAGAGAAAGCUGGAAAUAGGUAUAAUGUCUAAUAAAUAGAAGAGUAUAAAUAAUAUGAUGGGAUGAUGAAAAAAGAAGAGGAAAGGAGUACAAAGAGGAAAAUGGAGAGAGAGAGAGAGGGAAGUAAGAGGACAGAAGAGGCGGGAGAGGGGAAGAAGUGAAGAGAGAAAGAGAAUCUGGGAGGAGAAAAAGAGGAGAAAGAAAAAGUGUAAUUUCUAUUCUAUUUUAUAUUUUAUAAAUUGAAUAGAAUACAAUAAUAUAAUAUUUGAAUAUUAUAUAUUUUAGAGAGAGAGAAGGAAAAAGGAAGUGAAAAAGAGAGGGAGAAGGAAAAGAAAGAGGGAUAUGUGGAUGGAGAUUGGAGAGGGAGAUUGAGGAAAGAUGAAUUUUAUUGCUAUUAUUCUAUAUAACUUUAUGGAAUAGAAUAGAACAAAACUUUAUUAUUAUUGUAUAUAUUCAAUUUUAUAAAUAUAUGUUAGUUUUACAAAAUUCAAAACAUGUCAUAUACGAAAAAAAAAUCUAUGUUUUUUAUAAGUAUAUAAGAAAUUCAAAUUAUAUUUUUUCAAACUUAUAAAGUUAAUUAAAAAGAGAGGUGAAAAUGAGAAAGGGUAAUAUGACAAAUAAUAUAUAAAUAUCAUAGCCUAUUUCUUGUUAUGGUUAUACACUUAGUUUUUAUUCCACUAUGGAUAUGAUCCCAAAUUUCCCUUGAAACAUUCUAUCUCAGUUAGGGCUGGGACUUCGGAUAUUCGGUUCGGGUUCGGAUAGGAUCCGAUCGGAUCCGGGUUUUUCAGAUAAAUGAAUUCUAUACCCAAUGGGUACUUAGUAGAUUUCGGUUCGGAUUUCGGAUCGGGUACUACCGGUUUCGGGUCGGUUCCGGGUACCCGUUUCUUAUGUAAAUUAUAUAAAUAUUUGCAAAAUAAAAUAAUUAUAUACCAGUUAUUUAUUUAUUUAUUUUAUUUUUUAAGGAAAAGUAAAUAGAAAUCGUAUACAUAUUAGUAAUAUGUAUUAAAUACAACGAAGGUGAACUAGUCUAGUGGUAUUACAGUUGUCGCUUUACCUAUCCAACCCGGGUUCGACUCUCGGAAGAUACAAAUCUAUGUUUUUUAAGCAUAGAAUUCAGGUUAAAUGGGUACCCGUUCAGGGUAAAAACCGAAACCGAACCGAUACCCAUGGAUAAUUAACACUAAUACCCAUCGGAUAAAUUGCCUUGGACCGCAACCGAACCGAACCAGUCCAUUUCGGGUCGGUUCCGGUUUGGGUAUUCGGUUAUGGAUAAAAAUCCCAGGCCUAAUCUCACUACCUUAAAUACUAAAAAGGAUAGCAUCAAUUUAAAAUUAACUAGCCAUGAGUAAAUAGUACACCAAAAAUUAGUUUUGACGCGUCACAUUGAAACCCAAAAACAACUAGAGAAAUAGCCUAUUACAGUCGAUAUAUAAUACAGUUAGAACUUGAAGCACUUGCUUAAAUUUUUUCACUAGAGGAUCAAAUGAUUAGAGUUGUCCACGUUCCCUGUAGAAAAUAAUAAAUAAACUGAAAUGGUCAACAAAUAAGAACCAAACAGUGAUAGGAGCUGUGGUGGUGGCAGAACACGAGAACAAAAAGACUUGUUAAAAGUCUUUUGUGUCAUAAAAUACAAAUCAGUCAACGUCCUCAAGUCUUCAACCCAAUCAACACGCCACUGUAACAGUUUCCACACCAUUUUCCCCAUUCUCAUCGACUUUUCUCAGUGUUCUGUUAAUCUUUUCAUCAACCUUUUCUAUCUUUUUCCCGAAAAAGAAUAGGAUCACUGGCGUCAAAAAAAAAAGAUGAAGAAGAUACAAGUUCCUCCAGAAACAGGCAAGUCCAUGUUCUGUCUCUUCUUCUUCUCCAUCUUCCUGUCUUGUUUCCAUGUAUGUUUCCCGGAGCUUUCUUCAACCCAGACAAACACAAUGAUCGAACUCUCUAGAUUCCUUAAUAUCCCAGACUGGAAUCUUCCUGGUUCUGAGAGGAAUCCAUGUUCAUGGGAAGGUGUUGAUUGCAGCCGACCAGACAGUAGCUCUGUGAUAAGCUUGUCUCUCUCCGGCUUCGAUCUCUCCAAUUCUUCAUUUCUACCACUUGUUUGCCAAAUCCAGACACUGGAGUCUCUUGAUGUCUCUAACAACAGCUUGAGCUCAAUCCCGGACGGAUUCAUGACAAACUGCGGAACACUAGUUGGGUUGAAGCAGCUGAACUUCAGCGGGAACCAAGUUUCUUCUUUUCCUGGUUUCCGCAACUUCUCCAAAUUAGAGGUUCUUGAUAUCUCUCACAAUAGGUUGAGUGGGAACAUCGGAGACUAUGGUUUUGACGCUUUGGUUCAGUUGAAAAAUCUGUCCCUCAACUUCAACAAGCUAGCUGGUUCAGUUCCGACCGAUUUGGCCAAAAGUCUGGUGAAUCUCGAGGUCUCGGAUAACUUAUUGAGCGGUAGUAUCCCCGAGGGCAUCGAAGAGUAUCAAGAGCUAAGGUUGAUUGAUCUCAGUGAUAAUCAGCUUAAUGGGUCACUCCCUAGCUCGUUGGGAAACCUCUCCAAGUUAGAAACUCUGCUUCUUUCCAACAACAAUCUUAAAGGGGCAAUCCCAGAGUCACUUUCAAGAAUCCAAACCUUGAGCAGAUUCGCAGCCAACCGUAAUGGAUUCACCGGAGCAAUUCCAUCAGGGAUCACUAAACACGUCGAGAACUUAGACCUCAGUUUCAACCUUGUAAACGGGUCCAUUCCAGAUGAUCUUCUGUCGCAGCCUAAACUCGUCUCUGUGGAUUUGUCAUCGAAUCUGUUAGUUGGAUGGUUACCGCAAAGAAUUUCGCAUAGCCUAGUUAGGCUGAGGCUAGGAAGCAAUAAGCUAACAGGGUCAGUGUCUUCAGGUGCAUUUGAAUGGCUGCAGAACCUGACCUAUCUGGAGAUGGACAACAACGGAUUAACUGGCCACAUACCUCCUGCAUUUGGAAACCUUGUGAGUUUGAAUCUCCUUAACUUGGAAAUGAACCAGUUCACAGGGAUCUUACCUCCUUCGCUUGGAAACAUCACCUCGCUUCAAGUGUUGAAACUUCAGCAGAACAAGCUCACCGGAGAAAUCCCAGAUGAGAUGGGAUCGUUAAGCAAACUCUUGAUUCUUGACCUCAGCUGGAAUUCUCUGAGUGGAUCUAUACCGUCUUCUCUUUCGAACCUAAUGAAGCUUACCAACAUGAAGUUACAAGGGAAUAAGCUAAGUGGUGCUAUACCUGACAGCAUUGGAGAUCUGAGUAGUCUCUUAGAACUCCAGCUCGGUCAAAACCAGCUUAGAGGGAGGAUUCCAAUAAUGCCGCCAAAGCUGCAGAUCUCCUUAAAUCUCAGCACUAACAUGUUCCAAGGACCAAUCCCUUCUACAUUGUCUCAACUCGGCCUCUUGGAAGUUCUUGAUCUUUCCAAUAACAAAUUCUCAGGGGAGAUCCCUGGUUUUCUGGCCAGCCUAAUAUCCCUUAGACAGCUGGUGCUAUCCAACAACCAGCUUAUUGGAAAUAUUCCAAAGUUCACCCAUAAUGUUUCAAUCAGUGUCACUGGAAACCCCGCGAUCACCACGGGUGACCAUGGAGUCGUUAUCCCAGGCAGGCCAUCAGGGAAGAAGAGCCAACUAGUUCUGAUCGUGACCCUUGUCGCCGUAGGAGUAACUGCUCUUGUGGCAGUUAUUAUUAUUCUGAAACUUUAUAGGCGCUUCAAAGGAGUUAACAACAUGCAAGUCGACCUCGACGAGGAAGAAGGAUCAACUGUGCUUCCCGAGGUCAUUCAUGGCAAGCUCCUCACUUCAAACUCUCUACACAAAUCAAACAUCAACUUCGCCAAAGCUGUGGAGGCCGUUGCUCAUCCAGAGAAUGCUCUGUUCCAGACAAUGUUCUGGAGUUACUACAGAGUACUCAUGCCCUCUGGUUCGAGUUACUUCAUCAAAAAGCUCAACACAAGAGAAAGGCUUUUCCAGCAAGCCAGCAGCGAGCAGCUAGAGCAAGACCUAGAGAUGUUGGGCAAGCUGCACCACUCAAACGUAAUGGUUCCACUGGCUUAUGUCCUCUAUUCACAAGGAGUCUUGCUCUUCUACGAAUUUGCUCACACUCACUCCCUUCACGAUGUUCUGCACAACCAUCCCAGCGAUGUGGUUGAUUGGACGAGCAGGUACAGUAUAGCAGUUGGCAUAGCUCAGGGAAUCUGCUACCUGCAUGGAUCCAGCUCCAACGCUCGUGAUCCAGUCCUUGUACCAGAUCUCUCUAGUAAAAAAAUAAUGCUCAAGUCGCUCACUGAGCCGCUAGUAGCGGACAUUGAACUGUUCAAGGUAAUCGACCCUUCCAGAAGCAAUAGCAGCCUCUCGGCUGUUGCAGGCACCAUCGGCUACAUUCCACCAGAGUAUGCUUACACGAUGAGGGUGACAAUGGCUGGGAAUGUCUACAGCUUUGGGGUGAUUCUUCUGGAGUUAUUAACGGGAAAGCCAGCGGUCAGCGAAGGACGAGAGUUGUCCAAGUGGGUGCAGAGCCAACAAGAGCAGCGCAACAACAUUCUUGACCUAAGAGUGAGCAAAUCAUCACCUGUAGCAACAAAGCAGAUGAUCCGUGCCCUCAGCAUUGCACUUGCCUGCAUAAACAUCUCUCCUGGGGCAAGGCCAAAGAUGAAGACUGUCCUACGGAUGCUCACAAGACUCUAAAUAAAAGUAUUGGCUGACCUGUAAAUUUUGCUUGUUGCUUGCUUUGUAUAUAUAAGCAUCACACGAAGGUAUUCUCCAGCAGCCUAUUAUCUGCAUCUCCAUUUUUGAGAUGCUCAGGAUUCAAAUUCUUAGUUUAAAAAGAAUAUCAGUCCAUAUCGAACCUAGCUAGGAAAUACCAGAUGGUCAAAUAUGGAUACUUUUAUGGAAAAGGCAGCAACAAAAUCAUGUGGGAAGGAAGGCCUUUUAAUGUUGCAGGAGAUAUAGCUCAACCAAACAAACAACUGAUUAUGUUCAACGUUAACUCUUAAAAAGUCGAUUCUAUCAAGAAAAUGAUUGGUCCGAGUUGCAUAGGGAAUCUUUUUACAUUUUGUAAUCAUUUUAUUAGUUUUGCUUUUGCUUAAAGGUUGGUACUGAAGUGAUGUGAAAUGAGUCGGACAGAUUUGAUAACUGUUAUAUAUACGCACAAGUUGUAUCCUUGGCUACAGUCAUAUUUUGCAACAUAAAAAAAGAAAAAGAGAUGUAAUCUUACGCUUACAAGACAAAAUCACUAUUUAAGCCUGUCGCCUAUCUAACAUGUGUGUGCUGGAACUUGUUUGCUUUGUAUUUUAGUUUUAUUAAUUUGAAUCCUAACAAUUUUGUAGAUUUGAUCAUCAUCGGACAAGCCGUAACCAAUCCUCUAGCAUCUUUGAACGUGCAUGGGAUAAAGCAGAAAAGGAAGCCUACAACUCCAAACAGGAAGGUCAAUACUCAAUAUUUAUCUUUGAAAGUCGAGAGGAGGACAUACAAGUAGAAAGCAGCAAAAUUUCAAACCUAGUAUCUUUGAGCACAACUAGUUACUAGGCCCAGUUAGAUCAUUAGAUAUGGCAGAUGUUAUGUUAUGACGUUUCAAGAUAAUAGAAUCUGCCUUUUUAGCAGAUUCAUAGUUGAGGACUAAAACCUUGUCAUCUUCUAAAUCAAUGCUCAAAUUUUGAGUGCCAUUUUCUUCUAUGAGCUCAAAUAGAUGCCUUAGAUUCUUUACCUUUACUUUGUUCACUUUCUCCACCUGCAAAAAAAAAAACAUUGUUAGAUUUUAUCAAAAACACUGCACAAUGCCUUGAGAGUAUCAAGAAUUAGCAACCUGCAAAUCUUUGAAACUUUCGUAUCCUUGGUUGAUGUCAUCUUCCAGUAUCUAAGUUAUGAAUAAAAGACAUAAUGUUUGUUAAAACUCGACAUAAUGUUUGUUAAUACUAGUUAGCAAAUAAUAUAACAUUAUCAUUUUUUCUAUCAAACUCAAAAUUCAAAACAAACCUCAGAGAUAAUGACAUGCUGCUCUUCAGAUUCGCUCAAAUUGUGAUUUGGAACAAAAACAAAACCACCGAAUAUGUAAUAACUUGGACGUUUAUAAUACUGUUGCACUCUAACAUGUGGUUUCACCUGCAGUGAAGAAAGUACCUCAAAACAACAUGUAAACCAAAGAACCAAUUAAUAGUUUUAGAAAGAGACUUGUCUUACGGGCUUUAGAUUGAUGUUGUACUCAUGUUCUUUUCCCCUUCGCAAAACUUUGAUCAUGCUAGUUUCGCCUGGUUUCUUCAUUGAAAUCAAAUAAUUAAAACUUAUUCGCUCAUUUUCCCAAAAAGGAACUGCAUCAAACAUAAACUCACUUGAUAAGUAAACAAACGUUAAACAAUAUAUACAAAAAAAAAAGGAAUUUGAUAUAAUGACCUGUCGCAUCAUUUGCUAUUGGAACACCAUCAAUGGCAAGAAUGAUGUCAUUCUUUUUCAAAAUUCCGUAGGCACCCGACCACAUGUUUAUUUUGUUUAUAAGAAUUCCUGUCAUUUCAGAGCUCAUUUUGAAAUGAUUACGGAUUUGAGCAUUUUUAAUAGACUGGUAUGAUAGACCCAAUGAGCAGAAAACAGCCUGUUGAUCGCUUUCUUCAUCACCAGUUAUGAAACGCUUAACAAUUGGCGUUGGGAUAAGAGAACUGCAGAUCGAAACCGUCAUGGUAACAAUAAAUCAAAAGUUAAAGGUUGUCUGCCUCCAUUAAACAUCAUAACAUUGUCUAGUUUAACGUACCUUUGUAUCUGUGAACCUUCAUAUGCUACACCAACGACUUUAUUCUCCAAGAUUACUGGGCCACCACUGUUUCCAUCUUUUAUGGUUGCAUCUAUUUGUAUUCUUAGUAGUUCGGUGUCACUAUGAAGGUACUUUUUGGUUUCAAAGCUACUUACAAGACCUUUUGUAAUCCAAAUUCUGUUACCUGCAUUUGAGCAAAUAAUAUUUAGUUUGUAACCCAAGCAUAAUAACUAAUUAGUAAAUGUGAAUAUGAUUUUAUUGAAUAGUAUGAAACUUGUCAAGAAAGGAAUCCCACCAGAAUAACCAAGAACGAAAACAGCUUUCUUAAGAGGCGGUAUGCCUCCGAGCUCCAAAGGAUUCAUACCCUUCCAGAACUCUUGACUAUCGAUCUCCAAGAUGGCCAAAUCACAUUCAUGUGCAAUCUUUUGAACUUUUGCUUUAUAUUUGAUUGUAGAACCACGCUUUUUGACAUGCACAGAUGUGUGUUCAUUCAGUACUUCCACCACAUGAGCGUUUGUAAGAAUUCUUUUUCCCGAGAUUGCAAAUCCUACAUAAAGUAAACCUAUAAGAAAAAGAUAAUAAUCUUGAUGAUGAAUAGAGUUUCCAAGUCAAUACCAGUGCCGUAGCAUCGUUCGGUAUGAGUCUCCCAAGGUCGAGUUCUGCUAUAGUCUCUAGAGGCAAAGAAGACCUUCACUACUGAGUUCUUCAACAAACCAACCGGACAAGUUUCUUUUGUUUUCAUUCUUCCGUUUUGUUUUUUCUUCACCGUGCUCCUAUCAUUGUUCCCAACAUUCAAGAUAGCAAACAAGUUUCUGACAACUCGGCCGGCCAUUGUUACCGGAUUGCUUCGGACAUUAUAGGAAUGUGGAGAAGAGAGGAAACCGCGGGGAACAAGAGCUCUCAAGUUACGGACCAGCAUAUUGAGCUUGCUUAGUUUGAACUUACGACUUUCUUUCUUUUUUUUUUCUGGUUUUUAUUGGUUAUGUUCCAUGAGACACUUUUCUGUUUUUAAGGAGGACUCCCAAAACUUAAGAUGUAUUUACAUUUUUCAGUUUUCUUUUUCCAUUCUUAUGUGAUUUCUAUUUCUACACACGACUGCCUUUUACCUAACAAGAUAUCGAAAUGUAAGCUUUCUUUAUUAUUUUCCCAGCUUCCUCUUAUUUUAUUGUUAAACUUUCCAGUUAUAAAAUAACUCAUAUUUCAUGUAACAGAAGAUUCACUUAAAACUUUAAUUAGUAGUUUAAUUAAUACGUCUCUCCAUCGAUAAAUAAUAUGGAUAUUUUCAAAUAUGAAAAAUCAGCAUAUCUAGUUGGCAAAAAAAAAGAAAUAUCAGCAUAUCUUGUUUAUGCUUUGGCUCAAAAAAAGUAAAAUCUAAUCAAUGUAUUUUUGUAAAGGGACCCUCCUCCAGAAUGAUGAUAGUGACACAGACAAAAACAAAGCAAUGAAUUGAAUUAAAAU